CCACACUCCCACUCCCGCAGUGAGUAAAAGAUUCCUCCCGUGACCCAAUUCAACUCCGUGGGUUCGCAUAUUUAUUUGUUUUUUUAGGUAAAAAGUGUGAAUUUUUGGCUCAAAAUCUGACCCAGACGUGAAAUUUGAGUCCUUCUAGUCUGAUUUCUCUGGAUCCUCGGGCGAUUAUCUCGAUACUUGAGACCACCAUUCUCUUUGGAGCUUAAAGCUAUGGAGGUAGCGUUUGCGACGUUGGUACUUGGAAUCUUGCUUGGGCUGCUCAUUGUUAUCCCUAUGAUGCGCAAUAAAUCUGAUCAACCCCGAAAGCUCCAAGCGAAUGCUCAAACCAAGGCACCAAAAGCUUACAGUAAAGCAGAAGUUGCAUUGCAUAACAAGAGAACCGACUGUUGGAUCAUUAUUAAAGACAAGGUUUUUGAUGUUACCUCAUACGUAGAAGAGCACCCUGGUGGUGAUGCCAUCCUGGCGCAUGCUGGUGAUGAUUCUACUGAAGGUUUCUACGGGCCUCAACACGCUACCCGAGUAUUUGAGAUGAUUGAUGAUUUCUGCAUUGGAGAACUGGAAAAGUAAUCAACUCAGAACUUGUUUGUGCAACACCAUUAGGCACUAGCCUUUUAUUCUUGAGCUCAUUUGCUCCUCCCUCCUGCCGAAGCAUUUCCAUCUAGUGGGCACAUAUCAGCCGCACAUUUACUUCCGAACUAGCUCAUUUGAUCAUCUACCCUCCACUGCUCUGAAACCUUUUGCCUCUCUACGUCAUAUUUGAAAGCAUUGUUCCAUAAAGUUUAGUGACCAAGUGGUGUUAUAGCUCUUGUUUACCGAACCUUUUUUCUGAAUGCAUAGGAUGACAUUGCUAGAAAAUUGUUUCUGACUUAGCCCACAGAUUUUGGGUUUAGUAAAUUAAGGGUUUCUUUGGAAUGAAAUUUUGCUUGUGUUCUCUAGGGACUGCUGUACCAUAAUUUAGGUUUCUCAAUUUUGUGAUAAAUAUAUUCCAUACUUUCAUGUUU